UCGCAGCACAGCACCCGCCCGCAAUUGUCUCUUGCAAGAUGUACAUUCGUGUUGAUGUGUCGAAUCUCGCCAACCAUUGCCCAAACCAACGGAAUGGCUUGAAGCGCACUGCUUCGUUGCAAGAAGCUAGUACCAAAUGUGUUCCGGAUACACGAUAGCACCAUGGAAGUUCCACAAGUGUGGGCCGCCAGCAAUCAGAUAAUAUAAACCAAGUGCAGAACGGACCGAGCUUAAAUCAGUCAACCCGACCACAUUCCGAGACCAUCUUGCAGCCCGGCGAGUUGGACACCCUCGUGAAAAUGGAUAUUACCUUAGAGGUCCACGAUAUCAAGGAGCGAGACAUCAGUGACAUCACGCCGCCCGUCUUCCCAACAGUGCCUGCGCCAUCAGCCACGGGCUUCCCCGCCCACAAAACGCGAGCGUCGGCCUUCAAGCAGCAGCGACAAGGGAAACCAGCCUCAAACCAGACAUUUCGUUCAUCGAGACAACAUGACGGAACCUCAAAGAGAGACACGAAGUUGGAUGAGCGUCAAGGCAUUGACGAGGAGAACAAGGCGAUGCUAGACUCCAUGUCGCCCGACGAGAUCGCAGACGCCCAAAAGGAGCUCUUCAGCAACUUGGAUCCCGAUUUCAUCCAAAUGCUGCUAAGGCGCGCAAAUCUUGACGAACAAGACGGGCCGUCGCCCUUCGACGUGGCGCCCCCUCAGGGCCCAUCCAAUGCGGAUCACAUCCCCCCCGUGAAGCCACGGCCAGUCACGGUGGAAGACGAGGCAAAGACCUCGCCCGAAGUCGACUCGAACGCGCUCCCGAAACGCACCCAAAGCAAGCCCAAGAAGUCGGUCACCUUUGAUGAUGACGCUGCACCGCCCGUCCCACCGCCCGACCUCUUUCCGGUGAAAUCCAUCCCCCGCCUCAAAACCGACGCCUCCGAGCCUCAACCAUACGACGACAACAACAACAACCUCCCACCCGACACCCCUCACAACACGCACUUCCCCCGCCCGCCGCCCGUUCCCGACCUCGACCCGUCCAACCCAGACUUCCUCGAGACCAUGCACAAGAAGUUCUUCCCCGACCUCCCCGCCGACCCGUCCAAACUAGCCUGGAUGGCGCCCGUCCCCACCCCGGACUCGACCGCCGACCGCGAGUCGCCGUACUACCCGGGUCAGGACUCGCUCCCCGUCUCGGCCCUCCGCUUCGACUUCCGCGGCGCCCUGCUGCCGCCUCGCGUCAGCCGCGCCAUACCCGUGACCAAAGGCCUGCACCACCAUGGCGAGGCGCCCGAGGCCGCGGGUUACACCAUCCCCGAGCUGGCGCGCCUGGCGCGGUCGUCUGUGCCCGCGCAGCGCUGUCUGGCGUAUCAGACGCUCGGGCGGAUGCUGUACCGGCUUGGGAGGGGGGACUGGGGUUCCGGAGCGGGAGGGAGGGGUGGGGAAGAGGACGAUCUUGCUUUUGCGCUGUGGAGGUGCUUUAAAGAGGGCAGGGUGCUGGAGAGUUUGGAGAUGGAGGCUGGGCAGCCUGAGGGGAAGGGGCAUUUGAGCUGCAAGGCAUAUGCGACGGAGGCCUUGUGGUUGUUUGAGAAGGGCGGGUGGAAGGAGAAGUGGAGGGGGUUGUAGCAUGCUGAGAGAAGAGGAGGAUGGGGUUUUGGCCGGUUUACUGGCCAUCGUGCGGUUAAGGAGCCAAGGACGUGCCUAUAUGAAUAUACCGCCUCGGGACGGAUGUCCUUGAAUCGGGAUGUAUGUUCUUGGAUGGGGGCCUCUAAUCAUGAGAGAAACAGCUGUGCAUUUGUCAGGCCUAGUCCGCUGGCAAUGGGCAAUGCAAUCAGCAACUGCACUGCGGUACGUCGUCUGACAAGCUAAUCACUUAGCACUGGCACGGAAGAUGCCCGAGUACAUAACCAAAAUCAAGACUCUAUUCUCG